CAUACCAUUUCCAAUUCAACCCCAUAUGUGCAAGGUGCAUGUACGUAAAGAUAUAAUAUCUAAUCUAUUACCGAAGAGUAAUUCAGGAGAUCAUUAGACUAGAAAGAUGGAUGAUAUAGACUCCAUGUUCACUGACCUGCUGGGAGAGAUGGACCACUUAGCACAGAGUCUUGGGUAUGAAAUGGAGCCCUCAGAAAUGUCAUCCAGCUCACAGAGAGAAAACAACUUCUCUAUUGGGUUCACAGAUUUGAACGAAUCUCUAAAUGAGCUAGAGGAUCAGGACCUGGAUGCUCUGAUGGCUGAUCUGGGGUCAGAUUUGGCAGAGACAGAGGAGAGACUGAACGCAACUAAGACGGGACAUGUCCACACACAGCAGCACAAGUCCGGCUACUCCACCCCACAACAAAAUGUCAGAGCACCUAUCUCCUUGUCCCAAAUGUCAUCACUGGCGUACUCCUCAUCCGCUCUACCUCCUGAACCCCCCAAACCACUUCUACCGGGAGAGGCCGAAGCACAAGCCAAAACUGACAAAAUCAAGCUGGCUCUGGAGAAGCUAAAAGAAGCCAAAUUUAAGAAGUUGGUGGUGAAGGUGAUGAUGAGCGAUGGCAGCUCCAAGACACUGAUGGUGGACGAGAGACAGACUGUCAGGGACGUGCUGGAUAAUCUGUUUGAGAAGACCCACUGCGACUGCAGCGUGGACUGGAGCCUGUGUGAGACCAACCACGAGCUGCAGACUGAAAGGGGGUUUGAAGACCAUGAAUAUCUAGUGGAGCCUCUUUCUGCAUGGACACGAGACAGUAAAAACAAAAUAAUUUUCCUUCUGAGACCCAACAAAUAUCUCUUCUUCAAAGACCCCCAGAUAUUCUACCUAUGGAAGAAAGACAAAAAAUUUAUGAAUGAGAUAAAAGAAAGCCAUAAGGAACUUCUGCUAAAGGAAAAUGUCGAUGGUCCUUCUCUCAUCGUCCCAGACCUGGAGGGGCUGCUGUAUCUGAGAGAGGACGGGAAGAAAUCGUGGAAACGUCGCUACUUCCUGCUCAGGGCUUCUGGAAUAUACUAUGUGCCUAAAGGAAAAACAAAGACAUCCAGGGACCUGGCGUGCUUCAUUCAGUUUGACAAAGUCAACAUCUACACCACCACUGAUUACAAACAGAAAUACAAAGCACCAACUGAUUUCUGCUUCAUCCUCAAGCAUCCUCAGAUCCAGAAGGAGUCCCAAUACAUCCGAUUCCUGUGUUGUGAUGAUGAGCACACUCUCUCCCUCUGGGUCAACUCCAUCAGAGUAGCCAAGUAUGGGACCACCCUGUACAAGAACUACCAGACGGCAAUGAGGAGAGCCUCAACCAUCACCUCCACUCUGCAUCUGACUAGUCUGCCUGCCUCCAGCCCUUCCACACCUUCUACUGUGCACAGAGCAACAGCGAGGGCAAAUGGACACACCCCUCAGGAGUACCUCCCUGAACCCCCCCCAGACUUUAUUCCCCCGCCCCCUGCUGGUUGGGGCUCUGGGGUCUAGAGAAGGAGCUCCACCCCCUCAAUGCCCACCGAUGACUACCAUAGGACGUUCUCAACCUACCUACCUACAGACAGGCAGGCCCAGUCUACAUGGACAAUGCUUCCUGAAAUAGAACCCUCUGGAGGUGACGGGCCCUGCUCCAAUAAAAUACACCCUUCCUUCCUUCCUUGAAGUAACUGAUCUGAAAUUACAUGAUUGGACAACGGAAUGUAAUGAAGACAUUUCCAAACCAAUGACUGAUGAUGCAUGUUCUUGGGUUAUUUCUGUAUUUAAUAUAGCAUAAUUAAUAAGACCUAGGGCCUAGAUUCAAUCAGAUCAAGCGUUAACCCGCGAAGGCAGACACGCAUGGCGGAUGUUUUGGCGGUGUCAGAGGUGGAACUGCGUUGGAGCCGUCAAAUCGGUGAGCAGCUGCUCUUGCGAUCAUUGUUACGAAGCCACACCCAUUCCAAUGGUUCCGAACAAGAAAAUGCAGGCUAUAUAGAAAUAAUUACGCUCAAAUAAAAAAAUUAUUAAACAAAAGAAUGAGAAUUUCUAUCAUCCUAAUGGAGGUGUAGAUUACAUCUCACAUUCCAGUGUUCGAACUUGUAAACAAGGCUGCAUGGGAUUUCUGUUUAUGCGACUCCGUGCAGCCAAUGGUAAUGUCCGCUUUAGGUUGAAUGCCGGCAGCCACUUGUGGAUUUGACAGCUCUAACACAGUUUUAAAAAAAAUCAUAUAUAUAUAUAUUUUUUUUAAUUUUUAUUUAAAUUAAUUAUUGGGGGGGACG